UCUGUCAAAAUUCCAUUCCUCUUAAAACCAUCGUGGGUCCAAAAACUGCAACUACCGCCACAAAAACCUUCACACACACACACACUCACUCUCCAAUUUCCCGGUCACCGGCAAUGGUAGUAGAUGGGUAAAACAACCAGAUGGAUCCGCUCCCUUUUCCGGUCCAAAAAACCCACUUCAUCAUCCACCGGGUCGGGUUCUAAAAAACACCUUAAACCUCAUGAACCAUCAACAGGAAUUAACCCGUCAGAAAAUUUAAAUCUGUACCCCGAAUCGUUGGAUGCUAACAAGCACGCGAUCGCGGUAGCGGCCGCAACGGCCGCGGUAGCCGAGGCAGCGCUUGCCGCGGCCCACGCGGCCGCAGAGGUUGUUAGGUUAACUACCAGUGGUGCUACUGCUAGUAGGGGUUAUAAUAAUAAUAAUAGUAAUAAUGCUGACGUGGAACGGAGGCGGGUUUCGGGUGCUGUGAAGAUACAGGCCGCGUUCCGGGCGUAUCUGGCUAGGAGAGCACUGAGGGCACUUAAAGGAUUGGUAAAACUUCAGGCACUCGUGAGAGGCCGUAUCGUGAGAAAACAAAGUGCCGACAUGCUUAGGCGAAUGCAAGCCAUGGCUCGUGUUCAGGCCCGGGCAUGCGCUAGCCGGGUUUCCUUAUCGACCUCAUCACAUUCAAGCACUCGGUCGACAAACUCACACACUCAUCUUAAAUCUACAAAUGCGAGAGGCGUUUUCAUCCACGAGCGGUUAAAAGGGCUAAACUGGUUAGAAAACUGGAUGGAGGAGACAUCUUGGAACAGUAAACAAAGUCGAGCCGAUGAUGAAAGAAGUGACAAGAUUCUUGAAGUCGAUACUUGGAAGCCUCGUCGUCACCCAAGCCCGAGUAACAAGUCGACCCACGACUCCAUAUCCACAUCAACAAAACCAUGGAACCCGAGCUCUAGACACGGGUCACGGGAAGUGUUGCCGUUGGGUUCCAUGAUCCACCGAGAAGCAGAAAAAACCAUAGCAACAGCUGAUAGCACCCCUCGGGUCCGUUCCCCUGCUUCCAGGCCCGGAAGUAGCCAUAAACGAAGUCCGUUUAGUGAAUACUCACGAAGCGUAUUUGGUGAUUACCCGAGUGAUCCAAACUACAUGGCUUACACGGAAUCAUCACGGGCUAAACUACGGUCCCACAGUGCUCCGAGACAAAGGGUUCAGUUUGAAAAAUCGGGUUCGACAAGAUCGCAUUGGGAUUAUUCUGAUACCCUCUCGGAGAGAGGGUUUCAAAGCUAGAUUUGAUCAGGAUUUUGGGUUUGAUCUUCUACUUAUUGGUUGCAAAAAUGAAGUUUGUUUUGUUUGUUAGGUUGUUGAUUUAAGUUGUGAUAUAUGGUAUGGUGGUGUGUUAGUCAUGGUAAAACUUAACUGUGAUGUUAUUUUAAAAGUGUAUAUGUUUUUUGUUCUCUU